GACAAUCAUAUCUGAUUUGAUUUGACUGUAUUGAAAAGCGUCACAUUGCACGGACAGACUCCUCCACUAGAGCAGAUCCUCCCACAGCCGCGCGCAUGCAGAAGCACUCCUGCACCUAAAGUUCACUUGCCUACAUCUGCUCUCGCUGCUGCUUUGCUUUGAAAAAUAAAAGUGCAUUUCUUUUUCCCCCCGUUUCCCACGGAUAUGCAUUCAUUACGCUAUGCAUCGGUGUUGUUUCCGAGGAUGAAGCUGAUACUGAAGGUACAAUAGCGUGUCGCGCGCAGAGGGGAUGCGCGAACUUUACAGCAAUCAUCCCGUCUAUUAUUAUAGGGCUGAUAUCUCACAAACAAGGUUCAUGUUGUAUGUCCUUGGUUAAAAUGGGCCAAUCAGAUCUAGCCAAUGCAACGGAGGACACGCUCCAUGAUGGAGAUCAAGAGACCGGCCUGGGAAAUGACAGCAGCAACACCUACAAACCAGCUUUUGUGGAUGACAUCACCAAGCACCUGAGCGUUCAAAUUUCUCUCAUCUUUGCAUAUUCACUCAUAAUCCUGCUAGGACUCGUGGGUAACACCCUCGUCAUUUACAUGAUCUUUCUGUACCGAAACAUGCGCACUGUCACCAACUACUUCAUUGCGAACCUGGCCUUGGCCGACCUGAUGGUGGACACCGUGUGUUUGCCGUUCACGCUGGUUUACACGUUGCUGGACGAAUGGAAAUUCGGAGCAGUGAUGUGUCACAUGGUGCCUUACAGCCAGGCUCUCAGCAUCCACGUGUCCAUUCUCACCCUGACGGUCAUCGCUGUAGAGCGCUACAGGUGUAUCGUCUUCCACCUCGGCCAGCGCCUCAACCGCUGCACUAGCUUCAUCAUCAUCGGCCUGACCUGGACGUUCGCUGCCAUACUGGCCGGUCCGCAGGCUAUUUUCCGAGAGUAUCGCUAUGAGGAAAUCCCUUACAUUGACUUGCAUAUCGCGGUUUGCUCCGAGAAAUGGCCCAACGGCACCAAUCGGGACGCCAUCAUCUACAGCCUAUCAAUGCUUCUCCUGCAGUAUGUGGUUCCUCUGGCCAUCAUCAGCUAUGCUUACGUGUGCAUCUGGAUCAAACUGAAGAACCACGUCAGCCCUUCCAACCGCAACGACAGCAUCGUCCGCCGGAAGAAGACCACUAAGAUGCUGGCGCUCGUGGUCGUGGUCUUCGCCGUUUGCUGGCUUCCCUUCCACAUCUUUCAGCUGGCUAGCGAUCUCGACUUGAUUCUCAAGUUCAAGGAAUACAAACUCAUUUAUACCUUGUUUCACAUUGUGGCGAUGUGUUCGACUUUUGUCAAUCCGUUGCUCUACGGCUGGAUGAACCAGAAUUACAGGAAUGGCUUUCUCAUGUUCUUCCGCUGUGAACACAAACCAGACUCCAUUUACCCGGAUGGGUCCUUCAGGACUCGAUCGCUGAGAGGAAUGAUUGUGAACGGGUUUAAUGAUGGUCAGCCUGCGGCUGCUGUCUGAUCAUGAAGACAGAGUACUUCUCAGUCUGGAGAAGACUGCUUACUGCACAGUAUAUGGUACGCUAGGGUACGGCAGGGAUAAAGGCACAUUUGAGUUUAUUCUCCUUUAAACCACUGCAGCACAAAGACUCACCGCAGCACUUUCCUAAACACCCACGCUUCAGUUUGCAUGUAGAAAUUUGGGUGUCCUUACAAAAAUUAAGUAUACUUCAAGUUCAUCCUAUUAUGUAAGGUUCAAGUAUAUUUUAAGCAUACUUUAUGUAGUAAGUAUACUAAUGUUUACUUGUAAGUGUACUCUUUCAAUAGUACUUGGAACUAAAGUGUCCCACUUUUUUGGUGUAUAAAAGUAUAAUUUUAAGUGCAACAGUAGUAAACUUUGAUUACACAACUAGUUUACAACUAUGUUUUUCAUCUGUACUUCAACUAUACCUCAAGUGAAUUUAUAGGUGUACUGAUAGUUUACUAUAGUUCAAUAGCACACUUUUUUUUAGUUUAUGAAAGUACACUUACACAAGUAUGCUCUCAGUAAACUACUAGUUUAGUAGCGUUAUACUGCAAGCAUACUUGUAAGUGAACUUAACAUCAUCAUUAUUAUAGUUUACUAUUUUUUAUAUUAUUUUUACACUGUAAGUAUACUGCUAUGUUUCUAUUUAGGUAUUCAUUUUUAUACUUGAAACCUUUAACUGUACUUUAAGUAUAUCUGAAGUAAACUGCAACUAGUGGACGACACAAAAAUACACAGAAUUAGGAGCAUAUCUGUUUUCUUUAUAAAUCAAUAUUUUCAAACAAUGUAAGUUUAUAAGACAACUAUGAGAAAAAGUAUUUAAUAGGCUACUCAAUCUACAGAAUAAACACAACUACAAGACACUUAAGUAUAUCUUGUUUAAAAGAUUGAGUACAAGUAUAGGUCAAAUAUAUUUAGAGUUUCUGUCAGUAUAAGUGAAGUAUACUUAAGUGUACAUAAAGAGAAGUACUUAGAAGUUCUUAUUUUUAGUUUAAAAGAAUUAUAGAACACUUGAAUAGUCUUCUUUUUUGUAAGUGUGAUCCACAAAUGCAAAAUUGAUCCUGCGCUAAUUUGUUAUACAUACAUGUAGCAAAUGAGAAUCUAUAAAAUUACUGGAUAUAUUUUGAGACAAAGAUCUUGUUCUUGUUCAGUUUUUCAAUAACUGAAGAAUAUGCACUCUAAGUUGGGUUGAAACUGGACAAACCCAGUGAUUGGGUUGUUUUGACCAACCUGCUGGGUAAUUUUAUUUAACUCAACUAUUGUUUAAAAAUUACUGUAUUGCUUGCUUAAAGUAAACCCAAAGUAUGUUGGAAAUUAACAUUUAUUAAUGUUAAUUUAUGUUUAAUAAAUGAAUAUGUCUUAAUAAGUUUAAUGAAUAAUAAUUAAACAAUAAACAUUUACUAAAUUGUUUAUUAAUAAAUGUUCACCUUUUGAUUAUUAUUGUUGCCUCUAGUAAUUAUGGGUCUGAUUUUUAAUUUCCAACAUAUUUUGGGUUCAUUUUAAGCCAGACAUAUAGUCAUUUUUAAACAAUAGUUGAGUUAAAUAAAACUACCCAGCAGGUUGGACAAACAUUUAACCCAACCACUGGAUUUGUCCAUUUUUAACCCAACUUGGGUUGUUUUUAACCCAGAGUGUGUAAAAUUGUGGUAUUUGGGGUAAAAAAUAGCUGGCUAAAUGUUCCAUUUGACAAGACAUGGUUAUUCAUAUGGUCGUUUAUUAAUAUAUAAUAUCAUUUAUUAAGUUUGGUAUCCAAAUACCUUUGAAAUAGUCACCAUAUUUAUAAACAAACCAUGAUAUUUAAAAAUUUGAUAUAGUCAUAUCAUAUAAUAAAAUACCAUUGUUACUAUCAUAAAGCCAUCAAGCAGUGUAAAAAUCUUUCAGAAUCUUUGCUUUUUUAAAUAAAGUAAAUGAUUUUAUUUAUCAAAAUAAACAGAAAAUAGUACAAACUUUGAGGUGAUUGUUUUGAAGAUAUUAUGCGAAAGCUCACUUUCCUCAUGGUGUGCCUUUAGUCUGGUUGUACCCUAAACUACCCAGUCAUUUUGCUUUACUCAACGAUGAACAUGUCAAACAUUAGUAAACUACAUUAUUGUCUCAUGACCUCAUCUUGUGCAGGUUUAAUUCCUCAUGUGAAGUCCAUUCAUCAUCAUCCAAGCUCGUUCAGGACUCUUCAGCUCGGAUGCUGCUGAUAGGCUUUCACUUCUAGAAACGUUUUAGAGCCAAUCGCCCACGCUCUAAAUGUCAUGUGACUGAUCAGGAUCACUACCACCGGAAGUGUCAUUUGAAUUCUGCCAUCUUUGCUCAUGGUGCCACAGAAAAGUCUCAUGUGACUAAUCACCCCAAACCCUUCACUACUGACUAUUUUGAGCUGUUACGAAAUCCAUUUCACGCUUCAAGAGCUCUUCAAAAGAGUAAAAUAUAUGGAUUUUAUGUUGUCAGAACACACAGCUAAUACUGAAUUGCUUUGUAGAAAGCUGGUGCCAAAGCUAAGCAGCCCAAUCUUGAUCCUAUGGUUAAAAAUAUGCUCAUACAUUGCAUUGUGGGAUACAGUCUAAUGCACAUUUUGCAGUUGUAGCUCUGGGUGUUACUCUACAUGCAUACGUGACAUUUGCAUACUAUGCAUAAUAUAUACGGCAGAAAUAACAUUUCGAUUACAAGCUUUGACAUGCAACCAAUGAGUGGUCCAUCUGAGCAUUAAACUAAUGAAUGUCUUCGUUAUUCUCUUAUAUUAACAGUUUGGUGAUGAGUUUAAAUAUUCAAGGAAAUUGUUUGACAUGGAUGACAUUGAUUUUGUAUUGCAUGUGUUGUUGUGUGUCAAUUUGCAUAAGGCCGAUACUUCAUGUAAAUAAAUUGCUUUAUGCUACUGAUUGUAUAAGGUGUGACGGUUAUGAUGUACUUUGUAUGCAAAUCUUUAAUGUAAUAUAUGUUCUUGUUUCACUGGCAUAUGUAAUAUCUAUACUGUGGUGGCAGUGAGAUGACAUGAGAAAAAAAUCUUUUAAGUAUUGCUUAUUUAAUCUGAUCUGUGAGAAAACUAAAAGCACUGGAGGCAGACAGAAAAAUAAAACUAUGGCAACAUC